CUUUUGUCUGCCGGCAUUUUCUUUUAUUUUCUCCGUGUCGUUUUUCUAGCCUGUUAGAUUAAUCGCUUGUUUUUGUAUACCGGCUAAAAGGAUUAUCACAAGCCUGUCAUCCCCUCAGUAGUCUGCUACACAAUGCCGGGCUUUUCAGACCGAGAUCGAGGCAGAGAUAGAGGGUAUGGCGGAGGACCUCCUCGUUUCGGUGGUGGUGGAGGAGGCAACAGGGGCGGACCUCCUCCAGGAAAGUUUGGCAACCCUGGCGAGAGGCUGCGGAAGAAGCACUGGAACCUUGACGAGCUUCCGAAGUUUCAAAAGAACUUCUACCAGGAGCACCCAGAUGCCACCCGCAGACCAGUUCAAGAGGUCGAGCAGUAUCGAAGAAGCAAAGAAGUUACUGUGAAAGGACGAGAUUGCCCCAAACCAAUUGUAAAAUUUCACGAGGCUGCAUUUCCAAGCUACGUCAUAGAUGUCAUUGCCAAACAGAACUGGACUGAACCCACUCCGAUUCAGGCUCAGGGGUGGCCAGUUGCCCUCAGUGGCAAAGACAUGGUUGGCAUCGCUCAAACUGGGUCUGGGAAAACCCUUGCAUACCUUCUGCCUGCAAUUGUGCACAUCCAACAUCAACCAUUCUUGGAGCAUGGAGAUGGACCUAUUUGUUUGGUGUUGGCACCCACUCGUGAGCUGGCCCAGCAGGUGCAACAAGUGGCUGCUGAAUACGGCAGGGCCUCCCGUCUGAAGAGCACCUGCAUCUACGGUGGUGCACCCAAAGGACCUCAGAUUAGGGAUCUUGAGAGGGGUGUUGAGAUCUGCAUCGCUACACCAGGUCGUUUAAUUGAUUUCCUGGAGUGCGGCAAGACAAAUUUGCGCCGCUGCACUUACCUGGUGCUGGAUGAAGCUGACCGCAUGUUGGACAUGGGAUUCGAACCACAGAUCCGCAAGAUCGUGGAACAAAUCCGGCCCGACCGUCAGACCUUGAUGUGGAGCGCCACCUGGCCCAAGGAAGUACGCCAGUUGGCUGAGGACUUCCUGAAGGACUACGUACAGAUCAACAUUGGUGCACUGCAGCUCAGUGCCAAUCACAACAUCCUGCAAAUAGUCGAUGUUUGCAAUGACAUGGAAAAGGAGGACAAACUCAUUCGUUUACUGGAGGAGAUAAUGAGCGAAAAGGAGAACAAGACCAUUAUUUUUGUAGAGACCAAAAGGCGCUGCGAUGAGCUCACCAGGAGGAUGAGAAGAGAUGGGUGGCCAGCGAUGGGAAUUCAUGGAGAUAAGAGCCAGCAGGAGAGAGACUGGGUCCUUAAUGAGUUCAGAUAUGGCAAAGCUCCAAUCCUCAUCGCUACAGAUGUGGCCUCCCGUGGCUUGGAUGUGGAGGAUGUGAAAUUUGUCAUCAAUUAUGACUACCCUAACUCCUCCGAGGAUUAUAUCCACCGCAUUGGCCGUACAGCCCGCAGUCAAAAAACGGGCACAGCCUACACCUUCUUCACCCCCAACAACAUGAAACAAGCCAGUGACUUGAUCUCUGUGCUCCGUGAGGCCAACCAGGCCAUUAACCCAAAGCUGAUCCAGAUGGCAGAGGACAGAGGAGGUCGUGGAAGGGGGGGAAGAGGUGGCUACAAGGACGACCGUCGGGAUAGGUAUUCUGGAGGUGGGAGGAGCAAUAAUUUUGGCGCUAGUAGCUACAGGGACAGGGACAGUGAUAGAGGGUUUGGCAAUGGGCCAAAGAGUGCCUUUGGUGGCAACAAGGCCCAAAAUGGUGGCAGCUAUGGAGGCAACAGUGGUAACUCUAGCGGUAGCUAUGGCAACAAUUAUAGCAACAGCAACGGACAGGGUAAUUUUGGUGCUCCAGCAAACCAGGUGGGUGCCUUUGGUAACCAAAGCUUCCAGGGCCCCCCUCAGUUCGGGGCCAUGCAGAGGGCUGCUCAGAAUGGCAUGAACCACCCGCCGUUCUCUUUCACUUCUCAGCCACCACCACCACAGGGCCAACAGCCACCACCCCCGCCACCAAUGGUGCCCUACCCCAUGCCACCACCCUUCCCUCAGUAAAUUCGAUAUACGCAAAAUAUAUGGAACCAACAUGAUUUUUGUUUAGUAUGGAAAUCUUACAAUAUGAUGACGACUAUUAUUAUUAUUAAUUAUUAUUAUUAUUCUCCUUUUGAACUGUUCUACUUUGUUUUGCUUACAGCAGGGUUUCGAAUUAUUCAGUAAACCCAGAGCAUUAAAUUGAGUCAUAGACACGUCUCCUACAGUGCAACUAUGAUUGCUGCACUUUUCCUUGACUGUUUUUUGUUACAUUCCUCAGUAAUUUAUUUUUACUAGGUAAUGCAGUGUUUUCGGUUUGUGGUAUGUUUAAAGUGAUGUUAUGAAGAUCAUAUAAAAAGGGAGCGUGUGACCCUUUUAAAUAAAAAUAAGAAAAUGCAAA